AUGGCAGGCAUAAAAAAGAAAUCAUCAUUAAGAGAUAAAUCUCAAAGAAAAUCACAAUUAUCAUCAAAAAUAUCAGAAUUUAAACAAGCACAAUCUAAUCAAUCAAAUAUAAAUGAAAUCGAACAUCAUGAAAAUCCACUACUAAAAUUAGCUAAAACUACAAAGAAACAAAAACAAGCAGACAAAAGUGAUAAAUUUAUUAAAACCUUAGUAAAUAAAGUAACUUUUAAUACAAGUGGAAAUAUAAGUAAAUCAUCAUUACGUCGACAAAAGAAGAAACAAAAAGAACAAUUAAAACCUAAAAUGAAUGAAUUAUUGAAUAAUUUACCAAUAGAUGAAAAUGAAGGAGAAGAAUCAAAUCAAGAACCAAAAAUUACAAAUAUAAUAACUCAUACUUUAAAUAAUGAUAGUAAUAAUGAAUUUAUAAAAGAUAAAAGACUGAAACUAAAUAAACCAAAUCCAAUCAAAUCUACUGGUCAUAAAUUAAUAAUGAAAGAAGAAAAUAAAAAUUUUAAUGAAGUUUUGAAAAAUCCUCAAUUUAGAAAUUCACCAUUUGAUGCUUUAAAAAAUGCUAUAAAACAAAAUAUGAACUGA